AUUGAUUCACUAAUACUCCAUGCAACACCCCGCCACGUAUGAUCUACUCGAGAAGCCAUCGAUAGUACAGCCUCCGAUGAUUGGUACGGUUUCGAUGGGUACUGGACACUGCAGUGCAGAGCUCUGUACCGUAGGGACUGUCAACUGAGAUGGGUAGUCACUGUAUUAGUACCACACUACCAUCUGCUUCAGAUCUCCACUACCAACAUGCCAAACCACCUUGGCAUCCCCUUCAAGAAGACCUACACCGCACCCAUUCGUGCCAGCGUUCGCGAUUACAUCCUCCGCCACACAGAGGACCAUCCAGAUGCCUACAAAUCAGACAUCGCACAAUGGGAGUCCCUCCGUGGUGCGUGCAUGAACACGGCUGCGGGUGCCCCACACAGCAGCAACGUCGAUAGCUUCCUGAAGUAUCAUGCCCAACUCGUAUUCAUCCUUGCUAAACUGCCAUCAGAUAUAAACCUAGAGAUCUCUUACGUUCACCCGUUUUCCGCAUCGGGAUCCAUCCCACUGACGUUGCGCAGUUUGGCGUUCGAGAGAGCGAGCGUCCUCUUCAAUCUGGCGGCACUGUACUCACGGCUAGCGACCGCAGAGGACAGAUCCAGCCAGGAUGGCUUGAAGCGUGCGACCACUUACUAUCAGAGUGCGGCAGGGACCCUGUCAUAUCUAAGCUCGUCUGCAUUGCCAAAGUUGCGAUUUCCAGCAGACACGGAAGAAAUCCCGACAGACUUGACAGAGCCCUUUGUGAGAAGCCUGGAGAAUCUGAUGCUCGCACAGGCGCAAGAAUGUGCAUGGCAGCGUGCAGUCGCAGACCUCUACAAGAACGGGCUUAUCGCUAAAUUGGCGGCGGGAGUAGCUUCUCUUUACACUUCAUCGUUGGAGGCGAUACGCUCUGCUCCAUCAACAAUCUCUAGUUCAUUGCCUUCUACCUGGGUGACUCACUUAGAAACCAAACAACGUCAUUUCCGCGCAGCAGCACAAUACAGGAAAAGUAUAGACGAGCUCGAAGCUAAUAGAUACGGUGACGAAUUACGCAGACUAAUGGAUGCAGAGGAAGAAGCCAAGAAGGGAUACAGCCUAGCCAAACGCAGUUCUGUCGCACCAGCAGUAAUACAAGACAUUAAAUCUUUGCUAGACGUCCUUCAGAAAAACCUUGGGCGUGCACAACGUGACAACGACCUGAUCUACCAUUGCAACAUUCCCGCCUCCACCGCGAUCGAUCCAAUACAAGAAGUCAUCAUGGUAAAGAGCAACGUUCCCCCGGGUUUACUGGACCCAAAGAGUCUCAUCGGUAGUGGCGGCAUUCUUUUUGACGACAUGCUGGGAUGGGGAGCUCGGGAAGCCGUCAACAUAUACAACGACAAUAAGCAAACAUUAGUUAAGGAGCGGGUCGUUGAAGCCGCUCAAGUGCUUGACGACGAAGCAGACCGGCUUUUGCGUUCGCUCAAUCUCCCAGCCUCUCUCGAAGCACUGGAACGACCUAUCGGACUGCCUCCUAGUUUGUUGAAGAAGGCUGAGGAGGUCCGGCUGGAACAAGGACCAGAUAGAAUCGAAGCAUACCUCGAUGACGUUCAGCACUUGGCCAGACGCGCGAUGUCAUUACUAGACGAGGCCAUGGAUAUCCUGGAUAGCGAAGCCUCCGAGGACGAAGCCGCACGCAAAGAAUUAUCCUUGUCGAGACCACUUUCUCACGAAGCUAACCGGGAGCUCGUAGCCAAGCAACAACGAUACAGAACCGUCCUUCUGGAAGCUGCUCAGAGUGAUGUCACUGUGCGCGAGAAAUGGGAAGAGUCGGAAGCUGCUAUUGUCAACUUGACCUUGGAUGAGGAGGAACUCGAAGCUUUGGUGCCGUCAACGACGGUGUCUAUUGACGGUAAAGUCAGCAUGGCGAACAAUCAGACCCAGAUCUACGCUCGUGCACUCCGCGCACUCCUGGAAUCCCUAGAUGAUAUCAGGAAGGAUUGUAGCCAACUGGUUGCGAGGGCACAAAGACUAGUGGAAGCGGACGACAUCAAGCCUAGCAUCAUUUCUGCGGCUAGCAACUUCAAUCGCUGGGAAGAACUAACUCCCGCGAUGUUCGUGGACGUGUCAGAUGCAGAACUUGCAAAGUAUGAUAGGUACAUCCAAGGUUUGGCGGAAGGAAAGAAGAAACAAGAAGGGAUCCUCGAAGCUAUCAAGUCUAAGAACGAGCAAUUCUUGUCGUCUCGUAAGGAAGAUCCGGCCGUCAAAGACCGCGAGAUCGUCCUGCACAACCUAGACAUGGCCUAUGCCAAAUAUCUCGAGAUCACCCGCAAUUUGGACGAAGGUCGCAAGUUCUACAACGAGAUGGCAAGCAUCCUUCUGCGGUUCAAGGAGGCGUGCAGACUUUGGAGUAAUCGGCGAAGUCAAGAAGCACAGUCGCUUUACCAAUUGUUCCAGUCCCUUUCUAUCCAAGAGGAACCUAAACCUCCGGAGCAGGAAAGUCCGGAUAAGCCAGCAGAAACCUCUGUACCCGAACAUCCUAGUCCUCCUCAAAGACAUAAAGCGAACAUUCCAUCGCUGUCCUCGACGGAGUGGGAGCCGCAGGAAUUCCCUCCGGCGCAACCAUCUACGCCCGUCCGUAGUCGACCCAAGCAGAAGGCGAACCUACCGUCAUUAUCAUCCCCUGAAUGGGAGGCACAGGAACCGCCUACGGCACCGACACCCAGUCACCCGAAGAAGAAGAAAGCCAAUUUGCCUUCGUUGUCAUCCCCGGAGUGGAAGACAGAGGGCUUGGCACCGCCCCCUUCCUCUUCCCCUGAACCUGAGCGUCAGAAGCCCUCAACGAAAAAAACCUUGCCAUCACUGUCCUCGGCGGAGUGGGAAACACAAGAACUGCCCCCGCCACCGCCGCCUCCACCUGUUACAGAGAGAAGAGGUGCUAAAACACCAAGGAAACAGCGGCGCUGACGCAAAUGCGACCGCAUGCGGGAACGCGUUUUGAUUAGUAUACGAAUAUAAACACGGAUUUCUGAUCCCUUGUAACGGAAGAAUAAUGGACCGUGAUUAUAAUGCAAUUUGGUAGCGUAGGUUCGGAUAUCACCAGUAUGACAAGGCUAA